AUGGCCUCGAUAGCCAAGGGCAAUGUCCCUCUAUGGAACACAUCCAUGCGCUCAUGUCACCGCAGUUAUACAUCCGUGCGCCAUCGUCCCCUCCCAUCUCACCACCACCAUCAACCAUAUCUCCUCUACAAAUCAACCUCCUCUCCAUUCUCAACCUCUGCAACACUCCACGCCCACGUCCAGGCCCAAGUUGUCUCCAAAGAACGACCGCGAGUGCGCUCCUCUACGCAACCCACCAAAUCCAUCACUCCCCGCGCCUCAGCACCCACCCUCGACACUCUCACCAACACUCACAUCAAUGCCCCCAUCAGCACAUUCCCAGCACACCUCGACACGCCCGACUCCUUGCCUGCGUCCGCCUCCGCCCCCGAAAAGCUAAAGCGCCUCGUCGCCGUCGGCCGCGCAUACCUCACGUUCUACAAGACGGGUCUCAAGAACGUAUACUACAACUAUCGCGCUGCGAUCCCGAUCCGCCGCGAACUCGGUCUACCCAAAUACUUGCCCGCGGUGCCACCACGUCGUCGCAAUGGCAGCAGGCCCGCCAAUUCCGGCGACAGCAACGCCGACGCCUCAAUGCAUCCCGAGUUCAAGCUAGGCCGCGGGCGGUUCCAGCUCGUUCGCCGCUCCGCCCGAGACGUCCAGCGGAUGAUCCCCUUCACGCUGAUCCUGAUUGUCUGCGGGGAAUUCACACCCCUGGUCAUUCCUCUCUUCGGCAGCGCCAUCACCCCGGCUACGUGUCGUGUGCCGGGACAAGUUGCCAAGGACCGCGAGGCCGGGUCCAAGCGCAGGGCUCUCGCAUUGCAGGCCUUUGCCGCAAGCACGGGGAAGACGGUGCCCAUGGCGGGAAGUGAUGCGGAGCGCGCGAUGCUGGUCGAUGUGUCGCGGGGGACGUUUGCUCGGGAGGCGAGCGCGCAGCAGGUGUUGCAGGUGUGUGCGAUGUUCGGGUUGGUCAAGAAGCAUGAUCGGGCUUGGGGGACGGCGAUGGCGGGCCUGGUGUAUCGGCCACGGUUGGUGCGGUAUUUGCACUACCUGGAGGUUGAUGAUCGGAUGAUCAUGGAUGCGGGCGUGGAUGCGCUCAGUGCGGACGAGGUCCGACUUGCGGUUGAGGAGCGUGGUGGUGGUGAUGUUGCGGCUAUGAUGAGUGGAGUGAAGGCCGAGACAAGAGAGAGGGAGUGGUUGAACAAGUGGGUGAUGGAGAGGAGAGCCCUUGGCUGA